AUGGCACCUCCCAAACCAGUCUACAUCGUCUCGGCCGUCCGGACACCGGUAGGCAUGUUCCAGGGCUCUCUUGCCAGCCAGACUGCCAUCCAGCUCGGAGCACAUGCGAUCAAGUCUGCUGUCGAGCGAGCAAACAUCAAGCCCGAGGAAGUCCAAGAGGUUCUUUUCGGAAACGUCCUUCAAGCCAAUCUCGGCCAGAACCCCGCCAGACAAUGCCUCAUCUACGCCGGUCUCCCCGAGUCCACCGACGCAACGACGAUCAACAAGGUCUGCGCUUCUUCAAUCAAAACUAUUUCCUUGGCUGCCGCCUCCAUCCUCACCGGCGAGGCAGAUGUCAUUGUUGCUGGUGGAACGGAGAGCAUGUCCAAUGUUCCCCACUACCUCCCCAACAUGCGAACUGGAGCCAAGUUCGGUGACCAGAAACUCGUUGAUGGUGUAUUGAAGGAUGGUUUGACAGAUGUAUACAAGAACGAGCACAUGGGACUCCAGGGCGAGGAAUGUGCCGCGGACCAUGGAUUCAACCGAGAGGAGCAGGACGAAUACUGCAUUCGCAGCUACAAGAAAGCUCGUGCCGCCCAAGAGAACGGCUGGUUCGGCGAGGAGAUCGCUCCCGUUACGAUCAAGGGAACAAGAGGCAAGCCAGACACCACAGUGGACAAGGACGAUGAGCCAGCCAAAUUCAACGAGGAGGCUACCCGCAACUUGAAGCCCGCAUUCAAGAAGGAAGGAGGCACUGUCACUGCAGCCAACGCCUCUCCGCUCUCAGACGGCGCUGCUGCUGUCGUCCUCGCAAGCGAAGAAUACGUCAACAAGCACAAUUUGAAGCCCAUCGCAAAGAUCCUCGGUUGGGGUGAUGCAGCCCAGAACCCAUCCAAGUUCACCACUGCACCCGCACUCGCAAUUCCCAAGGCGAUCAAACACGCCGGAAUCAAGCAAGAAGACAUCGACGCUUUCGAGAUCAACGAGGCUUUCUCCGUUGUCGCCCUGGCCAACAUGAAGCUUUUGGGCAUCUCCGAGGACAAGGUCAACCUCCACGGCGGUGCUGUUGCUCUGGGCCAUCCUCUUGGUGCAAGUGGCGCCCGUAUCGUUACGACUUUGCUCGGCGUUCUCAGAGAGAAGGGUGGCAAGGGCAAGAUUGGUUGCGCCGGCAUCUGCAACGGCGGAGGUGGUGCUUCUGCGAUCGUGAUUGAGAGAUUGGCGUAG